AUGCUUCUGGAUUGCGUGACCCUGAGAGAGGGGAGGUGCUCGGAUGACGUCGAGCUGAAAACCAAGAUGAGCUCUUCGUGUGCACCUUUGACAUGGUGUGCCCUCAGGUGGCUCCUUGUCCUGCUGGUCAUUGCACAGCAUCUUAACGCGGGAAAUGUUGAAGGUCCAUGUGAAGGCAGAGACUGUUCUGUAUGUCAGUGUCUUCCUGCCAAAGGUGCACGGGGACCUCCAGGGAAAUCAGGGAAGCAAGGACAUCGCGGGCAAAUGGGAUCAUGGGGCAAUGCGGGGCCACCUGGAGAGAAAGGCAGGCUGGGCUCACCGGGAUCACCAGGCCCGGAAGGACUUAAAGGAGCCCGGGGCAACACUGGGCCUCCAGGUUUUCCUGGUCACGAAGGUUCAUUGGGUCACCCUGGAGCAGGCGGUGAGCCCGGUUCGCCCGGAGUGGACGGCUGUGCGGGGGCUCCGGGUCAACCUGGUGUCCCCGGUUUUCCUGGCCUGGAUGGUCUGCAUGGGCCACCUGGAUUUCCUGGACCAAAAGGAGUUAAGGGAGAACCCUUAUACACUGAUUCCAUUCCUGGACUCCCUGGAGAUCCCGGUCGACAAGGAGAUGCGGGUCUACCUGGCCAAAACGGGGUCACCGGACCAAAAGGCUACACAGGUGCUCAUGGUCCACCUGGUGAUCAGGGCCCAGGAGGGGAUAAAGGUCUCCGAGGACCACCGGGUGACCCUGGAAGACCACAGCCAGGCACAGCAGGAGAUGAUGGUGAACAAGGUCCGCCCGGUCCACAAGGACCAGAAGAAAUCAUUGAGCCUACCCCGGGUUACCUCCCACCAAAAGGUUACAUGGGAGACAGAGGUCGUCCUGGACCAUGUGGCCCAAAGGGCAAAAAAGGUGCUGAAGAAGACUUCUUCAGUCAAGGAAUGAAAGGAGAGGAAGGAAUUCUUGGUUUUCCUGGACUUCGGGGUUUUCAGGGAUCACCUGGAAUUUCAGGACCAGCGGGACCUGAGGGGUUGCCAGGCGAAAGGGGGCUUCCGGGUCUUAUCGGAACACCUGGACCGAAGGGCGACCACGGAGAUCCGGGUUUUCCUGGUCCUACCACGUAUUUGAAAGGGUCUACGCUUAGAGGAGCAAAAGGGGAAAAGGGAUAUCCUGGAAAUCCUGGCUUAGAAGGUGAUCCCGGAUCAAUGGGCGCACGUGGCCCUCCUGGCCCAAAAGGACUAACGUAUACAGAUGGGCUGAGUGUGCCUGGUCCAAGCGGACCCCCGGGUCCUAAGGGCUUUAAAGGAGAGCCAGGUGGCUUAAUCAAUCCAGUCCCAGGACCAAAAGGAAGAAAAGGAAUGCGCGGGCGUAAAGGUGUCAUCGGACUUCGUGGUCCUCCAGGAUGUGGAGACUACAUUUGUGAGCCUGGUCACCCAGGUGACCCUGGUGAUAAUGGACCCCCAGGACCUCGUGGAAGAAAAGGCCUCAGAGGAUUAAAGGGCUGUGAAGGGGAAUGUGAAUGUCUGUUUUCUCAUGGACCGCCUGGUCCCCCUGGUCAGCCUGGUUUUCCAGGACCUCCAGGAUUACCAGGAACUCCAGGGAUGAAGGGGGACCCAGGACUAAAAGGAGAAGAGGGUCCUGCCGGACCACAUGGUUUUAAAGGAUACCUAGGUUUAAAAGGGCUGAAGGGACAAAAGGGGGAUGGUUUUAUCACAACAGUUAAAGGUGCAAAGGGAAACCAAGGAGACACUGGACAUCCUGGUUCUCCUGGCCAACUGGGUAAACCAGGAAUCGAUGGUCUUCCUGGGCUGCCAGGAGUCCCUGGACCACCAGGUUCCAGUUACGAAGGUAAACCUGGUCCCAAAGGAGACCCAGGGACGGGUGGUCCCAAAGGUUUGCCAGGCAUUCUGGGGCUGCCAGGUCCUGGUUUUCCAGGCCCCCAGGGUCCAGCAGGACUGAAAGGUGAUCAGGGGUUCCCGGGCUCCCCAGGAAUUCCCGGUCGAAAGGGCCCGCCAGGUGACCAUGCAGUCUGUUGUCAUGAGAAUGCGACGGGAUCACCUGGUGUUAAGGGAGAACCUGGUUCCCCAGGAGUUCCAGGUGAACCCGGAAGGGAAGGAAUUGUAGGACCCCCGGGACAUCCAGGACGGAAAGGCAUGAAAGGAGAUGAUGGUGGAAUUGAAGGGAUUGGACCUCCAGGGCCACAAGGUAUAAAUGGAGAUCCUGGUGAUCCUGGUAGUAGUGGGAAAAGCCUCGAUGGUCCCCCAGGCACUCCCGGAGUACCGGGACCACCAGGGAGGAUAGGGUCCCCUGGAGAUGUUUUCAAUACUUUGCCAGGUCCCCCUGGUCAUCCAGGCCAACCUGGAGUUAGAGGGAGAAAGGGGAUUCCUGGCAGUCCAGGAAGCCCAGGGUUUGCAGGUGUACCAGGGCCACCUGGAAGGCCAGGUCGAAAAGGAGAACAAGGAUUUGAUGGUGAUCGUGGAGCUCCCGGACCUCCAGGCUCACAAUGUACAAUAUGGGAGUCAACAGGACCUCCUGGACCGCCUGGUCCUCCAGGAAACCCUGGACCAAGAGUGACAGGUAUCCCUGGUCCAAAAGGCUCAUGGGGAGAUACAGGCCUACCGGGACAUGGCCCCAUGGGUCCACCGGGUCGCAGUGGUCCUCCUGGUAUACCGGGCCCAGCAGGGCCGAGAGGCUCCGCUGGUCCUCCGGGAGAUUUCGGGAAUGACGGUUGGCCAGGACACAAAGGUGAGCUGGGCUUACCUGGCAGGGAUGGGGCCAAAGGCUUACCAGGCCCGCCCGGACCUCCAGGUCCAAGAGGCAAGCAGGGGGAAAGAGGCUUUGAUGGUACACCAGGUGGCCGAGGAGAAACAGGAUAUCCUGGUAUGAAAGGAAUACGUGGUCCCAAAGGAUUACCCGGAGAAGCAAAACUUGUGACUUUAAAAAAGGGAGAACCAGGAACUCCAGGAAGAGGAGGGCAGCCAGGUCCACCAGGACCAAUAGGUGAAAAGGGGCAAAGAGGGAGGCAAGGCGAUCCAGGACCAGAUGGUUUCCCUGGUUCACAAGGAUUUAAAGGUGAUGCUGGUGUACCUGGAAGACAUGGGAUACCUGGAGAUCCAGGGCACCCUGGAUUGAAAGGUUUUAUUGGACCAAGGGGAUACAGUGGGAAUGAUGGAGAUCCGGGAGAACCAGGAUCACAGGGACAACCAGGAUUUCCAGGGGUUCCAGGAUUUUCAGGUGCCAAAGGUGAAGCCGGAGAGUCUUUUGGACAUCCCGGAAGGCCCGGAGCCAAAGGAGCUAAAGGGGAGAAGGGAUUCAGUGCACCGAUUGGAGAUCCAGGGGAUCCAGGGGAUCCAGGUCCAAGGGGAUAUCCGGGAACGCCUGGACAGCCGGGCGCUCCUGGUGAACCGGGAAUACAUGGUGGACCAGGUUUUCCUGGGCCUAUUGGUCCACCGGGUAGUCCGGGUAUUCCGGGUGUUCAAGGUGAUAGUGGGUAUGUGGGGUCUUUGGGUCCACCAGGCCCAACUGGACCUUCAGGACUGCCCGGUCCGCCCGGUCUUUCUGGACUGGAUGGCCUAAGGGGAGCGAGAGGGAUGAAAGGAGCAAGUGGAGUAACUAUCCCAGGUCGUCCUGGACCAGAUGGAUAUCCUGGAGCUAAGGGUUCCAAGGGACUUCCGGGGCCUCCAGGACCCUCUUAUCCCGGGCCAAAAGGCCUGAGGGGUCCGCCAGGUUACUCAGGUCCACACGGUUCUCCAGGUGAACCUGGUUAUCCUGGGAGAGAAUGUGACAAACCUUUGCCGGGACCUGUCGGAGAUCCAGGAUCUGAAGGGGCUCCCGGCCUGCAAGGGCCUGCUGGACCGAAAGGUGAAGCAGGCAGCCUCUUUUUCCACAAAGGAGAUCCGGGGCCACCCGGCCUACCUGGGCUUCCAGGGCAGAAAGGAGACAAGGGCUAUCCAGGAAACCAAGGAACUUCAUCAUAUCCAGGCUUUCCAGGACCAAAGGGUGAGAGAGGCCUUCCCGGUUCCAGAGGUUUUGAUGGAGCAAAAGGACCGAGAGGUGAUCCCGGGCCUUCGGGGAGGAAAGGAGUAACUGGCCCAGCUGGAAAUGUUGGUGCUAAGGGUGUCCCUGGUGAUUCUUUUUCUGAACCCAUACGGAAGGCUCCAGAUGGCCCUCCAGGGCCACCUGGUUACCCAGGACCCAUUGGGUUGCCAGGCGCUCCGGGUUCACCCGGGCGUAACGGACCAAAAGGACCAAAGGGUCCAACUGGUUCUCAGGGCAUCACUGGACCCCCAGGUCCUCCUGGUAUUGACGGUCCUAUUGGCGAUGGAGGAGAUUUUGGUGAACCAGGAUUUGUUGGGCCUCAAGGCACCCCAGGUCCACGUGGUGACCCAGGCGCACCAGGUUAUGCGAGGACAUCAAGCUCAGGGUUUCUGCUGGUUCUUCAUAGCCAAUCAGUACAAGUGCCUCAAUGCCCCGAUGGCACCGGUCAGCUUUGGGUGGGCUACAGUCUGGCCUACCUGGAGGGACAGGAGAAGGCUCACACUCAAGACCUUGGUCAAGCUGGCUCUUGCUUGCCCGUCUUUUCCACCAUGCCGUUCUCCUACUGCAACAAAGCUGCCUGUCACUACUCGGCUCGGAACGACAAGUCCUACUGGCUCUCCACCACGGCGGCUAUCCCCAUGAUGCCGCUCUUUGGCUAUGAGAUCAGAUCCCACAUCAGCCGCUGUGUGGUGUGCGAGACACGUUUGCCAGCUGUGGCUAUUCAUAGUCAGGAUCCAUCCAUUCCACAAUGCCCACCUGGCUGGAGGAGCCUUUGGACGGGCUUCUCCUUUCUCCUUGAAACAGGGGCAGGUGACGAGGGUGGCGGUCAGUCCCUGACAUCCCCCGGCAGCUGCCUGAAGGACUUCCGGACCCACCCGAUCAUCGAGUGCCAGGGCGCGCGAGGUUCUUGUCACUACUUUGCCAACCUCUACAGCUUCUGGCUGACCGCCAUACGCCACACAGAUCAGUUUGUCAAGCCCAAGCCCGGAACCAUCAAAGCUGCCGGGGAGCAGCGACGCAAGGCCAGUCAAUGUCAAGUCUGCCUCAGACAGUAGAGAACAUUUUCACCCAAGGGUGAAGAAGGCUUUAGAUUACUUGGUGCUAAGUUUAGUUGGUGUUCCAAAAGUUCAACUUAGACUUAAGCACAUAAUGAGGUCACAAAGUAUCGGGCUGAACUUCUAGACCCGUGAUUCCCAAUCUUUUUUGAAGUAAGGCACACACUUUACAUGAGGAAGGAAAUUGCUUGUUUGGCACGCUCAAACAUGGCGAACAAGAAACUCUUGAAUCUUGAAAAUCACCCAGCAAAAAGGCACCGUUGGCAUGGCCUUAACGGCAAGUCAAAUAUUAGAAAUGAUGAUUUUUGUGCAUGAUUCAUUUCACCAUCAACGGAUGAUACGUUUUUGGCUGAUGAUUUUCUCAUGUGGUCAUAAGUGUUAGUAAUUCUUUUUCAAGUAAAGUGUCCCUCCAGGGAAAAUUCUUCUAAA